ACCCGUCACUGUUGCGUUUUUUACCGGGGUGAAUUUCGUCAAGACAUGCCGGUACGUUCUCCCCACCACAAAUGGAGUAUAUGGAGCUGCUUUUCGGAAGGAUUUGACGAACAUUUACGAAACAGUGUGUAGUGUAGAUAUGAUUUGCAUGGAGGAUAAUUUACCAGCGCCUGUAUUGGAUCACAUAACAUAACGCAAUGCCACACACGCGUAUUUGCCCUCUCGAAACAAAGGAACUGUCGACUGUUUUAAUUUUUAUCUUGGGCUGACUUGACUUGGCCACGGCGACGCAACGUUCUCUUUCUGCAACCGAAAUAUAGCCACAAUGUACACCUUGGAAUUAUUAAAGCACUUAAAUCCACCAAGAACUGUAUUGUCGUCGUUGUAUAGCUACCUAAACUGUUUUGGAUGGAUACUUUGGAAGGAAAUACAGGCUGAAAACCGAGGAAAUAUUAAUGUCCAGUUAGCUGUGUAUGAUGAUGUACGAGAGCUUUGAGACGGGUCCAUUGCAGGCAGACGCGGGCGGGAUGGCCGUGUGUGUCGGCCGCUCUGAGAACAAAGGAAUAUGGAACAGUGUGUGUAAAGGCAUGCAUUGCGAUACAGGGUGUUUUGAUCCCGAUGUUACGAGCACUCCGGACCAAGGGAGAGCUCUGAUGCCUGGGUCUGACCCCCAAAGCACGCCACAAACAAGCCAAUAAUUGCUCCAUAAGAACCAAUCACACUUGAGACUCCUAGUGUCGGAAUGCCAGCCAUGUCAUUCCCGUAGUCCCAGGCAACGGACAGUCAAGGGAGAUUUACUAACCACUUCAGAAAAAGUACAGGUAGCAAUUAAAGUGAUCGACAGGGAUAAGAUAAAGGAAGAGUAUGUACGGGCGAAUCUGUACCGUGAGGCACGCAUCUUGGCCCAGCUCAGACACCCUAACUUGGUGCGGCUUUACGAGACCAUAUCGUUCUUUAUACUGCUUGGUCACCGAGUUUGCAGCAGGAGGGGAUCUGCUCUCCUUCGUGCGGGGCCAACGCGACGGACGACUAGGUGAAGUCUCUGCUCGUCGAUUUGUUCGUCAGCUUGUCUCCGCACUUCACCAUAUGCAUGACAGAGGAGUGGUUCACAGGGACCUCAAAAUGGAGAACAUCAUGCUGGACGAGAAAAAGAAAAACCUGAAGAUUGUUGAUUUUGGGUUGAGCAACACGUUUUCACCUGACAACCUACUGAAGACUCACUGUGGCUCCCCAGAAUAUGCAGCUCCAGAACUCUUCAUAUCGGCACAAGAUUAUGGACCAGAAGUUGACCUGUGGAGCCUUGGUAUCAACAUGUUUGCCAUGGUAACAGGGCGAUUACCGUUCUCUACACCCUACACUGAAAACAGACGACAGAGACUUCUACAACAGAUUCAGAAUGGUCUUGGAGUCAUCCAUGGCAAGGAAAUGGCUCAUCUAUCAGAAGAGUGCCAAGAACUACUGAGUCAGUUAAUAGAGCCCAAUCCCGAACUUCGUCUGCCAUUACUAGAUAUUGAGGUACACCCAUGGAUUACUGACUCUGGAGAGACUGCAUUUUAUCCCUACCAACAACCACCGAAAGAUAUGGAUACCAGGAGAAUGAUAAUGGAGAAAACCGCUCACUUGUUGAAAGUAAACUUGGCGAAGAUAGAGGGCAGCGUUCAUGAGUAUCGUCUCGAUGAUGUCAGCGCAAUUUACAACCUGAUGCUGGAUCAGUAUCUAGUGACCAAAGGUUACAGGGAUACAGACCAUACCAUUAGGAAAGAGGUGAAGCGACCAAAGACGAUUGAGGUGAUGGUGAGGCCUAAAACACCACCAGCGACGCCAGCAGAAAACACUGUUGAGGACAUGGAGAGCGUUGAACUCAGGACCCCCACUAUCAUUGGAAUGGUACGACCCAGUCAACAUAACCCUGAAAGGCCAACUUGUUUGUCGGCUGAUUUUGAACUGUCUGCUGUUUCGUAUGCAACAAAAUCAAAGCAAAGACGAGCCAAGACAGCUACUUUUCCAGGAACAGGAGUCAAGACUCGUCCAUUCGGUAAUGCAACAACAGCGAACAGUGUAAUUGCACGGAACCACAACUUUGGUCCACCUUUAACAACUCCCACCCGGACACCUAGGGUGCUCUCUAGCCCUCCUGCCCGCAAAACAAGUGCAGCUCAUAUGCCUAAGAUGCAUACACGCUCUAAAUCUGUCCAAUCAGGGGACAGGCAUCACCCUGGUAACAACCAACCAAUCAAAUUACCUGUCAAACUGAAGGACACGUCAGAGUGCAACCAAUCACAAUCCAAAGGAGAUGGACCAAUGACAGAUGCUGUCAUGUCGCAAAAACGCACAAAGAAGCCAAUCAAAAAGAUGCCUGUCUCUAGGGCAACAGAAUUUCUCCAAUCAAAGGAAAGCGGCAUAUCUGGAAUCAAAACCAAUGCAGAGAGUGCCCACGAUGUUAAGGUUGUUGAUAUGGCUAAAUACUUUACCUUUAAACAUGGCUACAUCGUCAAGGAAACCUCACUAUCGACCUGCAAGCCUCAAGAGAUAUCCACAAAGGACGACACCAACCCUGUGAAUGUACACACUUCUCACCGAGAUCAACUCCUCACUGAAACUGCGUCCCAGCAUGAUGUUCACUCCUGUGUGUCUAGCAGAGUAGGCAGUCCGACAAAGACCUCAACUCAACGGAGUGAGCUUGCAAGAGAGAGAAUGAAACUAACAACGAGUCCCGUCAAUGCUCUCUUCCGACCGCACCACGCUGACCCGGCCUUACAGAAGUCUCUUCUUCUCACUAAGAGAGCCUUGCAAACUCGCUUCUCGACUGGUAAAGCUGGUACCAAACCUAGGAGCAAGUCAUCACCUCAACGUUCAACGUCAUCUCAAUCAAGAGCAAACCCACGUAGCAAUCAAUGUGUCUUCUCGGUAUCAAGAUCAGCAUGCGACUCCCCUCGUGCCAGACUCCCAACUCCUGUUGCGUUGCUCCAGUCGUCUGAAGACACCCACAGAGCUUAUGAAGACACUAAAAGAGCCAAUGAAGACACCAACAGAGCUAAUGAAAUAAAGGCAUGGAAGGAACUGUUGGCAACCAAGGAUAGCUCUAGGAGGAGAGGUAUGCCUCCAAGACUUGAAUGGAAGAGGUCUGGUGUAGGGAAGGGAAGUUGCUGGGUGGAUGAGUGGGAUGAUAUUAGGACAAACCUUGAGGAUGAGAGAGAAGUAAAUGCCAAGAAGCUAAAAGAGAUGAUGAGUAGAGAUAGCAUUCAUCAGAAGCUAUCAACUGGAAAUAUCAGAGUGAGUUCUGCCAAAAUAGAGGCCCCACCAAAAGAUGAGCUGAGUCUACAGAGAAAGAGUUUGCUAGCGGGAUCAAACCAUGGAAGAGCACCAGGCAAGACGCAACCUUAUAGGGGUCAUUAUAAGAUGGAAAAAUACGGUCACAAGAGGUCUCAAACAUACCCAAGGAGCAAUCAAAAAGGAGUUAUUAAUCUUGGGGAGCAGCAUAUGAUGAGUCUACUUCAAGAAGCAUCGAAGAAGUUUGAAGAUUCCGUCAAGAAGGAAGAGAAAAGAAAUAAUCUUCAAAGUAUCAAAAAGGGGAAGCACCACAAUGACAUCAUGGUUAAACCUAGCCAGAGUUUGACAACAAAUCAACAGCCAAAUAUACAUAGUCAGGGGCCAAUUGUGGAUGAACAGCAGAAUACCAGUUCCCUGGGGAUCAGUACCAAGCCUCCUCCAAUACUGCCUAGUAAUGUGACCCCUCAGCAAGUAUUUAACGUACAAAAGAGCAGGGAGUUCCUACCUGUAACGUCACCGAUGAAGGGAAAGCUGGGUGGACAGAGAAGCUACGGCAGGAAGUAUAGAGGCAAGGAUUGGGAUGCUGGUUACCGGUUAGAGAGAAAAGUGAGCGAUACCAUCAAACGAGCUGGAUCAGCUAUCAGGAGGACACCUGAUCUCUUACAGAAUUGCACCUAGACUCAAUUUACAUCAUCUGUUGCAUGAAGGCUAUGGGGAUUGGUAUGGGAUGGAGAUGGUUGCCAGUCUACGUGAUGGGAAAUGGUUGAUGAUGUUCAUGAUGGUUGGUGGGGGGGAGGGGAUCUUGUAAAUUUGGUUUGGAAAAGUAAACAGCUCAGAGUGUUUUUCUUGCAAAAAUAUGGUUUAUUUUCCCAAUUAACCAUAACCAGGACUACUAGAGUGGAUCAAAGAGCUACUUUUUCCUAGGAGCCCUUCUUUAAAAAGUAAACAGUGUACUAGAAAGACCUUACUAUACUAAUAUCCAUCUCCACGUUGCUAAAGCAUCAAAUUCUACAAUUUCAGUAAGGUGAUAAGCACAUACACAUGUACAUUUUGCCCUACUCAAGCACAUGUCAAUUUUUAAGUAAUCAGCUUAGAUGUUAUGUGAUGUUUAAUGUCUGGGAAAUACUCUGGCUAAGUGUUUGUACUUUCUAAAAUAACCAGACCCUGUGUAGUCAAAGCACUUCAAAUAAAAGGUGUUCUACGAUCAUGUUGGGCUGAAUAAAAGGAAAAACUUGGUUAAUAUGGCCUCACGAUGCAACCCUAGCAGAGUCUUUUCUCUUUAGCCUUCCAGAAAGACUCAGCUGGGGUCAAAACAUCCGGCCAUUAAAAAUUGUUUGCAUAUAUACCAUACAGUAGGUCCUUUUGAUUGGUAAGCAGUUUGCAACAGUGAAUUCUAUUUUCUAAAUGAAUAAAAGGGGCAGAUAUUUAUAGAAAAUGUCUUCUACAUGUACGUAAUGGUGUUUUUCUUUCAGUCAGAUAUCAGUCAUUCAUCCCAAAGCCUGGUUCAUACUUCCUGUGAAUGCGAAUGGGGUACGAACCUUUGAGGUCACAAAUUCACAACUAAUUCGCAACAGCUGAAAUGUGCUAAACUUUUGUGAAACAUUCGCUGCGAAAACAGCCCUGUGACGUCACAAUUUGCUUCGCUUAAGGGCGGUGUCACACCUAGCAAUUAACAGCCAACCAUUUUUUGGCACACUCCAAGAGGAAAAGGCAUUCACAUUUGAAUGUUCAAACAUUUUUCUUGGAGAUCGUUAGACAUUGUUUGAAAAAAAUAACUCCUGUGCUGCCAAAGUGGUCCUAAAUCCUGCACUGUAGUUGGUUGCCUGCAAAAGUUGCCUCAUGUGACAAGGCCCUUGUCAGUGAUCAUUCCAGUGGUCCAUAUCUAGUUUCCUAUCAACAUUUGUAAUUCCUAUGGGACCUGAAAGUUACCUGAAACUGUAUUGAACCAAUGGGAGACUUUCUGGGACGAUAGAGGGCAGCAGACUUACCGGGUAAAUCCAUUGUUCUCAGAA